AUGCUCCAGAUGAGGAUCGUCAUUGUUCCAUUGCUUUCCGCAGCGGUUCUGACCCAACCGUUGCUAGCAGCACCAAUAUUCUGGUUUCUUCCCUGGAGCUUUCCAAACACUUUCACCUCCACCACCACCUCAUCCUCCACGGCAUCCACCGCCAAUGGUGCGUCCAACUCCUCCAACGUGUCGGUGGCAAUCGGAAACCGCGUCAACACAUCGACCGGUCUGGAUGACUACGGCACGAACAUAUCGAACGUUCAGAUAAACGUCAACCGUAUGCGGCGAGCCAUCACCGAAGAUGAUUUAGCUAAGCUUGGGCGUCGAUUCGCCCGCCAAUCGACAAACGAAACGAUUAUUUCAAUCGGCGAACAUACGAUUCGACUACCGGCCAAUAUCUCCAAUCUCACCGUCAACACGUACCUCAUCAACGGGAUCCCGGAUGAUGCUAUGCUCCUGCCAGACCCCGGUAUGCCCAUAAAUACCAACGAAACGUCAACACCUUUGGUUACGGCGAUUAACAUUUUUAAGAAUUUUUUAUCAUCCUUUUUCGGAAAACAAGUCCCUCAAGGAUAA